AACAUCUCAGAUUGGUAAUGUAAUACCUCACUGGCCUGUGGGUGGCAGCAGCUCCCCUGAUGCGGAUAUUCUGCUCUGCCACCAAAGAAGACUCACGUGGGCGAAAGCAAGAAAAAUGCCCCAAAAGUCAGCGAAGAAGAGGAGCACCAAUGGUGGUCAGCAACUGCCUCCUAAACACAGCCGGACGGAAGAGAGCCACAUGUCUCCUCCCCUGAACUUUGACAGCCCCGCCAGUCUGUUUGAGAGCCUCAUCCAGCCCAUGAGCGCGGAACAGUUCUUCAAAGAGAUCUGGGAAAAGAAACCUCUCCACCUUCAGAGGUCAGAUGCCAACAUGGCCUCGUACUACAAGUCUUUGUUCCAGCUGUCGGACAUGCAGGCUCUGUGCGCUCAGGGCCUGCACUACUACAGAGACCUACACCUUGUUCGCUGCGUCAACGGAAAGAAGAAAGUUCUAAAUAAAGAAGGGCAGGUGAAGUUUAAUGUCCUCAGCAAGACCAUCACUCAGAACAAGGCCACUCUGCAGUUCCACCAGCCACAGAGGUUUAAGGAUGAACUGUGGAAGAUUCAGGAGAAAUUGGAGUGUUUCUUCGGAGCACUGGUGGGGUCUAACGUCUACAUCACCCCAGAGGAGUCUCAGGGUCUCCCCCCUCACUAUGAUGACGUGGAGGUCUUCAUCUUGCAGUUGGAAGGAGAGAAGCACUGGCGUCUUUACACCCCCACCGUUCCACUGGCUGCAGAGUACAACCUGGUGUCCCAAGAAGAGAUUGGCAGCCCCAGUCAUGAUAUCACGUUGAAAGCUGGGGAUCUCCUCUACUUCCCUCGAGGGACCAUCCAUCAGGCCAUCACCCCUGCCGGAGUGGACCACUCAACCCACCUGACUCUCAGUACAUACCAGAGAACGUCAUGGGGUGACCUGCUGCUGGAUGUGUUUCCCAGCAUGCUCCUGGACAAAAGCAGGACUGACGUCUCCCUCAGGGAAGGAAUCUCCAGGGGACUGCUACUGGGUCCCAGUGAGGCUGACUUUAACAAGAACCUAGCAAGAACUCUGAGGUCUCUGGCUGAUGACCUGGAAUCGGGGAAGCAAGAUGUUCGCUCCACACACAUGAAGAGAGACUUCAUCAUGAACAGACUCCCUCCCUACAGUCAGGACCAACUUACUCCUUCCGGAAGAAUUCCUGCACUGGAGGAUGAGGUGUGUUUGACCCAUAAAAGCCACAUGGUGGUGACUGUGGAGUCCAGUCAGGGAGCUGCGGAGGGGCCUUCAGAACUGCUGGUUUUUGUGCUCCAUUCGUUGAAGAACCAGAGGGAGAGUCACAUGAUGGGAGAGAACGAUGAGGACGAGGAAGAGGAGGAGCAGAGAGAGGACAUCUCCAGGGGUCUUCAGUUCCCCCUGUCCCACUUACAGGCUAUAGAGCAGCUGCAACGCGUCCAGCAGCUAAAAGUCUCGCAGCUCCAGUUGCCCACAGAUGGGGAGAAGCUGAAUCUGGUGCUGGCCUUGUGGAGCGAGUGUCUUCUUCAGGCUGUCUAAGACUUCGUCAUGCCUGUCUCGCUCUUGAAAGGACUCUUUUAUGUUGAAAGGUUUACUGCUUUCUGAACAUCAUCAAGACAAAAGAGAUGUUCUACGCAAAUGGAAUAUUAAAUUGUCUGAAUC